AUGGGUCAGUUAAUUGGUCUAGAACUUAAUAACUUCAAGUCUUACAAGGGUACGCAUAAUGUUGGGUUCGGUAACAAGCACUUUAUUAGUAUUGUUGGUCCCAACGGGUCCGGUAAAUCCAAUAUGAUGGAUGCAAUCUCAUUUGUAUUGGGAAUUAGGAGUAACCAUUUAAGAUCAAACGCUCUUGUUGAUUUGAUAUACAGGGGGAGAAUGGACGAUCGUUCGGAUGAACAUGUUGCUAGUCCUAAGUCAGCGUAUGUGAAGGCGUUCUAUUUGAAGGAUGAUAAUGGCGAACAAGGGACGAAGAUUGAAUUCAUGCGUAUUAUCCAGAAUACGGGAGAUAGCGUCUAUAGAAUUGAUGGUAAGACUGUUAGUUUCAAACGUUAUGUUGAAUAUUUGGAAGGGGAGAGCAUUCUCGUGAAGGCUAGAAACUUUUUGGUAUUUCAAGGUGACGUGGAACAAAUUGCCUCUCAAUCUGGUAUAGAGUUGACCAAGUUAUUUGAGCAAGUUUCUGGGUCUGUUCAGUAUCAACGAGAGUAUGAGCGUUUGAAAGAAGAAUACCAGAAAGCUACUGAAGAAUAUGGCGAUUCUCUCAAGUCAAAAAGGAAAAUGCAAAUAGAUUUGAAGAGCUUCAAAGAGGGGGUACAUAAGGAGCAACAUUAUAAAAAUCUAUUAUCUGAGCGGACUAAAUUAAACCGGCAAUAUGUAUUAUGGCAGCUAUAUCACCUUGAGGACAGGAGGAGCGGGUUAAUAUCAUCGUUGAAAGACUCUAAAUCUAAGUUGGCUCAGUUGAAGAGCAAACUAACAAACGAAGAACACAUUUUGCAUAAAUCGAAAUCUCAAGCGGCGAAGGACGAGAUUGUCAUUACCAGAAAGAAAGAAAAAUUGUCUCAGCUGCAGCAAGAAAGGUCCAAACUGAACUCCGAAUUGCUGCCUGUUGGUAGUUCGAGACAAAGUGCAAGUAAACGGAUCAAUCAUAUUGAAAAGAGGAUUGAUUCUCUGAAAAGAGAUAUUACAAGACAAGAGUCCUACGUUCAACAGUUUCAAAACCAACUGAAAGUUGUGACGAAAGCCAAAGACUCUUUAGAAAUUGAUAUUAAAGCUUCGUCAUCAGGAAAGUUUAACUUAUCUAAGGAACAAUUGAAAGAGUAUGAAUCGUUGAAGGAGACGUAUUUGUGUUCUGGGGGUUCCGCUCUUGAAGAAAAGAUGACCUUGCUGCAGAAUAAACGGGAAGAGUUGUUAGAAGAAAUUUCCUUGUAUGAAAGACGUGCUAAUAUUUCCAAGUCAAGAAUAUCCGUUGAACUAAACGUAGAGCGUGAAAAGCUGGAACUUGAAUUAUCCGAGGUCACCAGAGUUCUGAACUCCAAGAACGCCUUGCAUUCUGCUAAAGUAAAGGAAUGGAAAGAAGUACAGUCAGCCAUCGAAUCUGCUAAUAAUAAGGAGUACGAAUUAAAUUAUAAACUUAAAGAAGUUUUGGUUAAGUUGGAUGAUUUAACUGCCGACCAAAGAGAGAGUAACAAGGAAAGGAAGCUAAGAGAAAAUGUGGCAACUUUGAAAAGGCUAUUCCCUGGAGUAAAAGGUUUGGUUCAUGACCUGUGUCGUCCAAAGAAAGAUAAAUAUGCACUUGCAGUUUCGAGUAUGUUAGGCAAGAAUUUUGAUUCCAUCGUUGUGGAUUCGGUAUCAGUGGCUCAACAAUGCAUUUCUUACUUGAAGAAGCAUCGUUCUGGUGCUGCAUCAUUUAUUCCCUUGGAUACAAUUGACAUUAACACUCCCACACUACCAGUUAGGAAUCUAAAAGGGUGUAUUCUAACUGUAAAUGCUAUCGAAUACGACUCUGAGCUAGAAAAGGCGAUGCAAUAUGUUUGUUCAGACUCUAUCAUCUGUGAUACAUUAGAUAUUGCGAAGAAUUUAAAGUGGGAUCGUGGGAUAAAAUCAAAGUUGGUAACUAUCCAAGGAGCAUUGAUUCAUAGAGCUGGCUUAAUGACUGGGGGUGUAGGUAGAAAUAAUACUAAUAGAUGGGACAAAGCAGAAUAUCAAAGUUUGCUGUUGUUGAAGGAAAAGGUUUCUGGACAAAUUUCUGAACUCGUUACUUCGAUCCGUCAAAACUCUGUACUGUCUAGAGGAUUCGAAAACGAAUUGUCAUUAUUAAAUUCAGAACUAGUUACCUUAAGGACUCAAUUGGUUCAAAUAAAUAGACUCAUCGAAGAAAAGAAGGUUGAGAUAAACUACCAUGAAGACCUAAUUAAUAGCGAGUACUCGCCUAAAAUAUCUGCUUUAAAUAACUCGAUGAAGGAAUUAGAUGAACAAUUGUCAAACAUAUCCAAGAACAAGGAAACUUUACAGGGAUCUAUUUAUAAAGACUUCGCGAAUAAGGUGGGAUUCACCAUUGCUGAGUACGAAGAACAUACUGGUGAAACUUUGAGAGAACAUUCCCGCGAGCUGCAGCAAUUACAAAAGCAGAUAAUGACAAUUGAAAACAAGUUGGAAUUUGAGACUGAAAGGUUACAAGGCACUAGAGUCCGCCAUGAAAAAACCAUUGGUGAUUUAGAAAAGGUUAAGCAAGAAACGGAGUCUUUGGAAGAACAAGAGUCUAAAAUUCAAUCCCAAAUCGAACAAGUCGAUUCCCAAAUAUCUCAGCACAAUGAAGAGAUUGAACACCUGCAAGAAGCCUCCAGGAAGAAAUACCAGAGCGUUAAGGCUCUUGAAGAGAUAGCCAAUGACCUUAAUGAGAUGGUUCAAACCUCCAAAAGAGAAGUUGACCAACUUAAAGACGAUAUUGAAAAGACAGGUAUUGAGAGAGUUAACCUUUUUAAAAAUUGUAAAAUGACCAAUGUAGAACUGCCAACAGACAAGUCGACUUUGGACGAAUUGCCCAUAGAACGGAUAGAUUCGGAGGCAAUUGAGAUGGCCAACAGCAUUACAGUGGAUUAUUCCAGCCUUGACAACAAAUACAAAGAAAGCGGCAGUAAUUUGACUCGAGAAGAAUUUGAAGAUUCCAUUAAGGAUAUUGAGAAUACUUUGAGAGAGUUGCAGCCAAACUCUAAGGCUGUUGAGAGAUUUGAUGAGGCCAAAGAACAGUUCAGCGUCGCCAUUGAUGAAAGUGAAAAACUGAAGGAAAUAGAAAGAGAGUCUAAAGAAAAGUAUCUCAAAAUUAAAGAGAAAAGGGUGAAAACCUUCUUAUCCUGUUUCCAGCACGUGACUGACCAUAUCGACAGGAUUUAUAGGGAACUCACUAGAAACCCUGGUUCCACAGCUGAAUUAGCCGGUGGUAGUGCUUCUUUAACCCUAGAAGAUGAAGACGAACCCUACUUGGCAGGUAUUAGAUACCAUGCCACCCCACCCAUGAAGAGAUUUAAGGAUAUGGACUAUCUAUCCGGUGGAGAAAAAACCAUGGCCGCCUUGGCCCUUUUGUUUGCUAUUAAUUCCUACCAACCAAGCCCGUUCUUCAUCCUCGACGAAGUCGAUGCUGCUCUUGACGUAACAAACGUGGAAAGGAUAGCUGCAUACAUCAAAAGGCACGCCAGUCCUAAAUUUCAGUUCAUUGUCAUAUCCUUGAAAAGCAACCUAUUUGGAAAAUCACAGUCCAUGGCCGGCGUCUUUAGGAACCAACAAGCAAACUCGUCAAUGGUUAUCACUACAGACUUAACUCAAUAUGUAGACGAUGUAUGA